GGAUGAUCUAGCAGGUAUUCCCAAAAAGCGGUCAAAGAAAGCAAGAAGCUCGGAAUCAAGGCGGAUUUCCGAUGAUAACGAUAAUAUAGAAGAAAAGGUUGUAGAAUGGUCGACGGGUCGUGGGAGCUCACGCUUAGCUCAAAGUGAUGGCAGUGAUGACGAGUUGGAACCAGAGCCCGUGACAAUUGAGAAAGGGACUCGUAGAGAUCUAAAUCAGUUUGAGACGGCCGAAGAUUCUGAGAGCGAAUUCGAGCAGGAGCUUCAUGAACGCGAUCGGAAAUCGUCUCACCGAUUGAUCCAGAUGCCUACGUCUUCAGAAGCGGGUGAGAUGGAUGAUGAGGAGCAAGAGGAGCAGGAAGAAGUGGCAGCUUUUCGUGCUGAAAUGGCAAAUUUACCACUUGGAAAAGUGCGAGAAAUGAAAGAGAAGCUUGGUUUGAAAUUAUUCAACAAAGCCUAUUUCGGCACGAAUGUUGAUAACGAGAAGAAAGAGGAGCUGAGGAAGAAAGCAGUAGAAGAAAAGAAACAGGAGCGUCGUGGGCAACAUCGACCAAAGGAGAUCUCGUCGAAGAAACCUGUUUCAGUCUUCAGGCCGGUGUAUCAGGACAUGAGCAAAAAGAAAAAACGGGACCCACGGUUCGAUAAUCGAGCGGGCGAGUUCAAGGAAAGAUGCUUUGAAGACAAUUACAGUUUCCUGAAUGAUUUGAGGAGACAAGAGAGGGAGGAGCUGUCCAAACAAGCUGCGGAAUGUGAUGAGCAAGGAGACACUGAUAUGGCGCAGAAGAUUCGUGAGGCUAUUCGACGAAUGGAUAACCGUGAACGAACAAAGGCAGAACGAAAACUGAAAGAAGAAACGUACAAAGAGUUACGACAGGAAAAUAUCGAACGAAUGAUGCGUGGAGAACGACCCGUUUUCAAGACAAAAGCAAAGGUUCGACUAAUGCAGAUGGAAAAGAAGUUCAAUCAGUUGAAAAAGGAUAACAAGCUUGAUAAUUACAUGAAGAGGAAGGCGAAGAAAGAAGCUCGUAAAGAAGCAAAAAGAAAGCCGGCAUUUGAGCAGAAAUACGGGUAUCAGGAGUGA